AUGCUGCGGUCCGAGUUCAGUUUGGACUGGUCCCUGGGCCUCUCGCGCCUCGCGGUCGCCCCAUUCGCGAUGGGCGCGCCGGGCGCGGCGGGUGGGCCCGCUGACAAGUGCCUGCGCGCGGACCCGGCAUUGGGCCGCAACGGGGCGCCGGGGAGCAAGCUGCUUGGCGCCGCGGCAAGGGCACUGGGCGCUGGCAAGGGCGGGAACAACAGCCGCGAUACGACCAACGUGGAGGCGAUGCUGUCGGAGCUCGCGAACAUGGCGGGCAGGCAUCAGCCGUCUGCCGUUCAAGCCUUCGUCGGCGCCAAGCACCGGGGCUCGCCGACCGACGAGGAGGCGAUCGGGUCCAUCAUGGGCACCCGCUGCCGCCACUGCUUGCUCGGGGGCCGGAAGCUCGCCCAGCGUGGCCGGGCCCAGCGCAUGGCCGAAGACAACGGGCCGGCCACCCCGCGCAGCCUUUGCGCGCAUAAGCCAUUGGCUGGAGGAGUGCUCUGA